UACAGCUGCUCUUCUAUUUCCUAAAACCUAAUUUUGUCGAAUUCACGUCAAUUGGAAUCCACUAAACCCUAAUCGAUAACUUGUUUACAGUUUACACAUCCAUUUUCUCGCUUGCUCUGAUUGAUUAUCCCCAUACUGUUCGAUUUUUCAGUUUUUGCUGAGCUUGAACGUCUAUCGCAGUCCGUGGGCAUGAAGCUAUUCGAGGGCAGCGAUGUGUCUGACGAAGAAGACAUAUCGAGGAUCGAAAUCAACAAAGAGUUCGCCCGCCGUUACGAGCACAACAAGAUGCGAGAGGAUUUGCAAAAACUCGACGAGCUCAAGAGGAACGGCGUCAUCUCGGACUCGUCCGACUCCGACGGAUCGGACUCCGACGGAUCGGAAAAGGACGAGUUAACUAAUUCGAAGAGGGAUUUGGAGUUCUUGAACGCGUUGAUUAAGGUCAAGAACCACGACCCCGAGCUGAGGAACAAAGAGGCUAAGCUAUUCGAUUCUGAAGACGAGAGCGGAGAAGAGGAGGUAGAAAAAAGAGAUAAGAAGGAGAAGAAGCCAAUAUAUUUGAAGGAUGUGGCGGCGAUGCAUUUGAUCGAGGAGGGGGCGGAGUUUGAUGAUGAUGAUGAUGAGGAGGAGGAGGAGGAGAAGAGGGUGAAGAGUUAUAAAGAGGAGCAAGAGGAGUUGAGGAGGGAGUUCCUGGAUGCGGCUGAGGCGGCUUUGGAAGAGGAUGAUGGUGGCGAAUUGUUGAAAGAGAGAGCAAGGAAUGGCAUGGGGGACAAUGACGACGACGAUGAUACGGGCGAGGUUGAGAAGAAAUUGAAUGAGUUUUUUGGGGAAGAUGGUAAUUUGGAUGAGAAUGAGAAGUUUUUGAAGAAGUAUUUUAGGAAUAGGAUGUGGGUCGGUGAUGAGGUUAACAGUGAGGGAGUGAAGGGUUUGAAUCGAAAUGAGGAUUUGGGUUUGUCGGAGGACGAGGAAGAGGUUGAGAAGCAAGAGGAUUACGAGAGGGGGUAUAAUUUCAGGCACGAGGAGAACGUGGGGGAUAGGGUGUUGGGUCAUUCGCGAGUUGUGGAGGGGUCAGUGAGGAAGAAGACGAAUGCAAGGAAGGCUCAAAGGAAGAGCAAGGAGGAGAGGAUGGCGCAGGCGGAGUUUGAGAGGAAAGAGGAGUUGAAGCAUUUGAAGAAUUUGAAGAAGAAAGAGAUGAAGGAGAAGCUGAGGAAGAUAAUGGAUACCGCGGGGAUUGGGGAAGACAGGGUUUGCCCGUUGGACGUGGAUGAUUUAGAGGAAGAGUUUGAUCCUGAGGAGUAUGAUAGAAAGAUGAAAGAAGCAUUCAAUGAUGAGUAUUAUGACGCGGAGGAUGUGGACCCUGAGUUUGUGAGUGAUGGAGACGAAGAUGAGUUGGAAAAACCAGAUUUUGAUAAAGAAGAUGACUUGCUUGGACUUCCAAAAGGUUGGGAUGAUGCUUCCGCUUCCGGUUCUGGUGAUGGGUUCUUAGCUUUUAGGGAGCGAAAACUAAAGCGGAGAGCGGAAAAUGGUGUUCCCAAUGAACAGAUGGAAGAAGAAGCAGUGAAUGAAGAGGGUAAGGGGAAGAGAAAGAGGAAAAUGUCAGAGAUGGAGAAGGAGGUCAUUAAGAAGGAGUUGGAGGAGUACUAUAAAUUGGACUAUGAGGAUACAAUAGAGGAUUUGAAGACAAGAUUUAAGUACAGAGAGGUUGGUGCGAAGAAGUUUGGACUAAGUACUGAGGAGAUUUUAAGGUUGGAUGACAAGGAGUUGAAUCAAUACGUUUCCUUGAAGAAGAUUGCUCCUUAUAGGGAGAAGGAAUGGAAGGUGCUUAGAAAUAAGAGGCCGCAUCUUCAUGGCAUAUCGAAUGGGCAGAAAACGGAUAAGAAGUUGAGACUUGAACAUAAGAAACCAAAAGAAAAUGAGGAAGCACACGUGGAGAAAUCAAAUGGUGAUAUGAGCAAUUUAUCCAGAAAAAGCAGGAGAAAGCUUCGUCAAGCUGAACUUAAACUCCCACCUCAUAGAAUUUGGGCAUAUGGGAAGAACCCUUCCACAUCUAAGAGCAAAAAGAAGCACUGAACAAAGCUCAUGUCUCAGGCAGAUUUCCUGUGGGAGGUGUUUAACAAGGAGGACUGCGAGCAUGAGUAACUUACACAGAUAAAUUCGUGGAUAGGCAAGAAGUGGAAAUAUGCAUUAGCUUAUUUUAGGAAAGAUAAUGAAGUUCUGAGUUAGAAGAUAUGAGUUAAAGCGGAUUUUGCAACCGAGAAACUUGCAAGUUUUGUUAGCUGGUCAUCUUCUUUUUCUUUCCUUUGUUUCACCUGUCAAAUUUUGGAUUUCUUUUUAUUUUGUACCCCUAGUUAUGCGAUGUGAGAUUCUCACGGGUACUUUUAGGCGUUUUGAGAUGCAUGUCUUCCAACUUUUUGAUGAUCCAGUGUGUUGUUGAUUGGCAAUCUGUAAGGUGCAUUAUUUUUUCUUCAA